AUGGGUAUUACGGGGCUUCUCCCACUCAUCAAGUCGAUUCAUGAACCAACCCACCUUGAGCAUUUCGCGGGCAAGACCAUUGCGGUUGAUGGCAAUGUGUGGCUUCACAGAGGCGCGUUUGCCUGUGCCUUGGACUUGGCUUUGAAACAAGAUACCAAAAAAUACAUUGAAUACUUCCUGCGACAAAUCCAGUUACUCAAGGUUAAUGGCGUUACACCAUAUAUUGUUUUUGAUGGCAAUCCCUUACCCAUCAAAUCCGUCACAGUGGAUGAGCGCCGCCGACGUCGAGAAGCCGCUCUAUCCAAAGGCAAGGAACUAUUGGCAUCAGGAAGAAGACAAGAAGCUAUGGAGUAUUUUCAAAAGGCAAUCGAGAUCACUCCUCGCAUGGUACAGCAAAUUGUCAAGGUUCUCAAGGAUAAGCGGAUCGCGCAUGUCAUCGCACCCUAUGAAGCAGAUGCCCAAUUGACAUACUUGAUCAACACCAACAAGGUGGAUGCUGUUCUUACCGAGGAUUCCGACUUGCUUGUUUUUGGUUGUCAUACGGUCUUCUUCAAGAUGAAUGCAUCGGGACAUGGAGUGAUGAUUCGUCGACAAAACCUGGAGAACGCCACUGAAAUUGACAUGAGGGGAUGGAACAUGACAAAGAUACGACACAUGUGUAUUCUCUCCGGUUGCGAUUAUUUGCCAUCAUUGCCUGGCAUCGGUUUGAAGAUUGCACACAAGCUGUUAAAGAAUUAUCGCACCAUCGAUGGGGUCUUUCGAUAUUUCCGCGCAAGUGGCAAGAUGAAGGAUGUGCCGGACUAUGAAGAAAAGUUUCAAUGUGCCAAUGACGCGUUCCUUUACCAGUUUGUGUGUGAUCCAGACACUGGUCGCUAUAUCCCCCUUCAUUCUCCCCCUGCUGGCGUAGAACCUGAGAACAUGAAGUUUCUUGGAUCAUCUGAUAUCAUCAACAACCGCUCUUCUUCAUGUGCUGAUCUCAACAUGUCUCUCGAUUCUCAGCAAAGCAACGACACAAUCAAUAGCAAUAGCAACAGCAGCCUCGAUAGCAGCAGCAUCAAAACAGUCUCCAGCACUACUUCCAACAAGGAUAUCAGGAAAUACUUUGACCAAAGCAACAAAGAGAACAUUCCUCCAUGGGCAGUUUUGCCGGACAACAAGCCUAUACGAGAAACGAAUAAUAUCACUGCAAGAGAUAUCUUCAAAGUUUUCAACACCAAAGCAGCAACUGCAACAACAAGCUCUCACAACAGCCAGCUAUCUUUAGCCAGCAACACACACAAAAAGCCAUCACCGUUCUUGAAGACCAACAACAGGAUAUCUCUUGGAGACAAGUCAAACAACUCUGAAAGAAGCAACAGGGUGUCUCUUGGAGACAAGUCAAACAACUUGGAAAGAAACAACAGGAUGUCUCUUGGUGAUAAAUCGAAUCAUUCUUCAGCGUCCUCUUUGCAGAAACGAAAGAAAGGCGCAAUGUCAGCUCUUGGAAGUAUUGAUAUGAACAGGAUACCCGAUGAUGAUUCCAUUCCACCGCCUUCAUCCAAGCGAAGAUCAUCACCACCACCACCACCAUCACAAUCAUCACCAUCACCAUUAUCAUCAUCAUCACCUUCAUUGACAACAAAGACAACAUCAUCCCGAAAUACCUCUGAGCAACAAAGACCCAUCAUAACAGCAUCAUCCUUCUUGUUUUCAUCCUAG